UGUAUGGAUUGACGAAUUCAUGAUGACUUCUUCCAUUGUCUGUUUAAAUCUUGGCCUAUCAGUACAAUUACUGUAGUUUAAUGGAGAAAAGAAAGUUUUCUGCUGAAAUAACUGUGUGCAUACGAUAUUGAGGGAUUAGUGUCGUGUCGACUGACUGUAGGGGGAUAAUCCAGGCUUACACAUUAGACUUAAAUCCUAAAACCUAACAAUGCCCUAGCGAUGAUCUGCCAAGUUGAAAAAGAGCAAAUCUACGUUAAGAAAAGACUUUCAGUUUUGGAGUGGGUCGUGGAAUCUCUGAUCCCUGCUCGGGUGAGAAGUCAACACUUGGGGGGAACUUGGAGAUCUCGGGUAACAAAGAUGCCAUUGUAGCUUCGUCUCCUUCUCAAAAGAUAAUGGCGUCGAAGAGGUCCAGAAAGAAAAGCAUCGUUGCAAACACCACUGGGAAGGAGAUUGACGCCCAUUUACAGAACUGCCCUGAGCACGCCGGAAGUAAAGUGUUCUUAUUCUGUCGCCCCUGUUCAGUAUCAAUAUGCCAUAAAUGCACAAAUGAAACUCAUCUGAAUCACGAUGUUGAAAAUGUGUUUGAGAAUUUUCAGGUGAUGAGAGAUUGCAUUGUUAACGAUAUAUCGUGUCUAGAAAAUGUGAUCCAACCUGAGUACAAGAAAGUAGAGACACAGAUUCAGACCAACGUGUUGAAACUGACCAGCGGAUACGAAUACGUCAGGAAGACCGUGAUCUCGAACGGGGAAAUCUGGCGCAAAGCGGUGGACGAAGCCGUUAGGAAGUGUUUGGAAAGACUGGACAUAAUGGAAAAAGAAGAUUUCGCAAAUCUUCGCGAUCAGAGGAAAACGAUUGGCAAUCUGAUAGCAGAAAUUCAAGCAUUGAUUGAGAAAAACAAGAAGCUUCUGGAAGACGACGACCUGUCCGAAAUCUCCAGCUAUAAAUCAAAAAAUGGAGAAUAUUUGAACAUUCCCACAACUACAAGUAUUAUCGCACCGAUGUUUAAAAACAGCGACAUGGAAAAAGAACAACUCCCAGAGCGGUUCGGUGCACUGAAAGCCUCGGUUUUGAAAAAGUCUCGGGACUACGUCAUCAAUUUGAACCCAGUGGUAACCCCUCGCGAACAGCAUGCUAUACUGGAUCGCCCCAUCGUCAUUCACAAAGUGAACACAAAUUUCGAGAAGUGUUGGAGCGUACAGUGUACAAAGGGGGACCAGGCGUGGAUAAGUGGAGACAUAGAAUCUGUGGCUAGGAUCGAUAAACAGGGAAACAUCACAGAGAAAAUCUCCACCCGAUCUAAACAGGCGCCAUUCGAUCUGUCGGUGACGUCAAAGGGAGACCUACUCUACACGGACUAUGGCGACAAAAGUGUGAACAUCAUGAAGAAAGGGAGAUUUGAACCCUACAUAAAGCUUCAGGGAUGGAAUCCACUAGGAAUCUGCUCGACAGAAUCCGGGGAGAUUUUACUGUGCGUGGACAACAGAAAUGACGUGACACACCAGAGGGGUCAAAAAGUCAAGGUCGUCCGUUAUGUCAAUAACUCUCCCACACAAGAGAUUCAAUACGACGAGGGUGGUUUUCCACUGUACACAUCCGGGGAUUUUGAUGUGUACAUCGCCGUUAAUAUUAACCAGGACGUGUGUGUUUCGGACCGCAAUGCGAAAGCAGUGGUGACAACCAACCAAUCAGGUCGCUUCCGUUGGCGUUACUUUGGAAACAUUGCGUCACGGAAAUGUUCAUAUUUUGACCCGCGAAGCAUAAAAACGGAUAGAAAUGGACGGGUUCUUGUGUCAGAUGCAGACAGUAACUUUAUUCAUUUAUUAGACGAAGGCGGCCAUUUUCUGAUGCUUAUCGGAAAUGGUAUUCUCGAAAAACCAGUCGGCCUGAGUUUAGAUUCAGAAGGUAAACUGUAUGUAGUGGAGUACCACACGGCUAAAUUGAAAGUAAUUAAAUAUCUGAAAUAAA